UGCUGCUCCAGGGCCGGUGCGCCACCCUCAGGCCGGGAGGACUACUGCUGUACAACCUCUGGUCUCUAGGCAACCAGGAACCACACCGCGGAGCAAGACUGUCAGGCGAAACAUGGAGAGCUCCCCAGGCAAUGUUGAUUCUGUAGAUCCACUGUCCAGGACUGGAGAAGAGAGGGAAAACAAAGAAACUGAAAAGCCUGCUGAAGAGAAGGAUGCAAGGCCGAUAGAAGCAAAGGAUUACACACUGUUUGAGACUCUGUGUGACACUGUUCUAUCAUCACUGGCAUUACUGCAAAACAGUAUCACUGAGCUUUUGGAUUUCAAAGAUCAACUGAUGAACCAUGCCCUUCCAACCAGCCUCCUAGCCCAUUUGGUCAUCAUCACAGGGCGGCUUUUCCGCAGUGUUUCUGACAUGUAUACUCCAACCACUGAGCUGGUCCGCCUUGUACGAUUCUAUGCUACGCCAUGGGAACAGAAGAAAGAAAUCCUGAACUUAUUGUAUGCAGAUCAUGAAAGGAAAAAGCAUCAGCUGGAUGUGGCAGUGAGACGACUGCAAUUACUUGAUGGACAUGCCAGAUGGAUUGCUCGGGAACGUCAGAUAUUGAACUGGGAGAAGUUGUUUGGAAAGCUGAUGACUGCAAAGACUCAUGGGCGACGGUGGAAGUUUCGCGUAGAAUACCUGAAGAGGAAAGGUGUGAUCAGCCUAGAAUCUCAACAGUUCAUGGAGAGUUCAAUUAAGUCUGAAAUGAGAAAUGGACAAAUUGACUCGGAGCUGAACAUUGUCUCUAAAGUCACAGAAUCUCGACAGAGCCUGAUUAGCAGUGAGGAUCAAGAGGCUGAUACAGGGAAAGGAAAUGAUAAUGAGGAAGAGAAGACAGAUGACAGUGAUUUGGAGGAAACUAAUGCCCCAAUGGAGAGAUUUCCAUUGGAGGGUGAGAGCACUUUUUUAAAGAUAGACACUAUUGAUAGAGAAACACAAACUGAGGGACAGACAGAGGAGCAGGGAACCUGGACAGGUGACCCUCUCCAACAUAGAUUUCUCUGUGUGACAGUGAGUAAAUUUUAUGGCCCCUUUGAGCAAGGUCUGUCCUGUCAAGUUACCUAUCAACAAGAAUGUCACCAGAUACAGCUUAUACAGGACCCAGAGAACAAGCAAAACAGAAAAUCACGAAAACAAGUCAAAAUAAGUACCGAUAAACAAGAUUUGCCUGCCACAGGGUCUACACUUGGAAUAUUAAAAACAUCAGAAGUAACCAAGAGUGAUUUUGCAAAGUCAGCCUUGGAGUCUGUACUGACUGGUACUUGUGGAGCAAAGUUUGAAAUGGUGCUAUCAGGAGAUAAGGAGGAUUCUUCUAUGCUGAAGGUGUUGCUUUUCCGCAAACAGCAAGGUGUGAUUGCCGAAGGGGAGAUAAAAUUGCCAGAGGAUCUACAGAUGGGACAAAAACAUAGGAGUAAUAUCGAAAUUCAACUUUUUACUCCUAAAUCUUCACGAUUAGUAGCGAGAACCAUCGCGGCCCUAUGCAUCAGCCUCCACUUAGAGGAGAUGGAGGAGUUCAUGUGGAAGGAUCAGUCCACUGAAGCUUGGAGUCUAGAGGAGUUGGUCUUGGAUGCUACAGGGAUAGACUUGAAGGAAACUAGUCAAGUUGAGCUUGAAAAUUGCGUCAAAAAACCUGAGCUAAGAGAAUGCUGCACUUCUGCAAUGUCCUGGGUAUCCUCUUCUCAUGAAAAAUCAGGUUUAGUUCCUGAGGAAGAAGUGCAGCUCUUGAUAGAAGAGCACAAUCUCCAGCUCGCCCAAUUGCAGGAAAUGCAUGAGAAGCAGUUGUGGAACCUUCUAGAGUCACUAAGAUCAAACACUACAACAAACAGUGUUCUCCAUCAGACUUCCAUAUCAGCAGAUAUGCCAGAGAGGUUGCUGAGAUCAGAGAAUGCCCAGUUGACAACUGAGAGCCAGCAUAAUGGCACAGAGACAAAAGAUAGAUGGAUAUUCAAUCGCUCAGCUCGAGAUCCCAGAUCAUCACUGGUCAGUCCAAAAUCACCACAGAAAAGUGCUGCCAAAAAGCAACAGAAAAUGAGCGUGACUGAGAGCCUGCUGCUAAAGAGGAAACUUCCACAGGAUGUUUGGGAGAGAAUGAAAGUGCUGGAGGAAAAUAUGUGGAGAAAUAAACAAAAUAUGAUUGAAAAGCUUCAGUGUGAGACUCGUCAGAACCUUGAGAAGCAGCUUUUGGUUCAGAAAAGGCUUCACCGGCACUCAGACAACAGAGAAAGUGGCAACAGAAGCAAAGAUGAAAUCUGUUUCCCAGCCCUGUUCAUGCCAAUGAAGAUUGGACAAGUAUUUACUCCAAAGGCUCGUUUGUACUUUCAUCCAUCAGGAUCAGCAGGCUUCUUCCGUCUAACCCAGGCACCAUCGGUGAUUAGCCUCCCUACUCUGUGCAGCAGCACUAGGGUGUCUGUUCUGAAUCUCCUGAACCCAAAGGUAACGUUGCCAAUAAGCCCAGCCAUUGAGGGUAACCACACCUCCACAGAAAAUGAGAUGAUGGUCAACAAACUGGUAUCUGGUGCAUCCACCAUAAAUCAGGCAUGGACAGACAGUGAGGGCAAGCCACAGGAUUAGAUCAAGAUUCCGAAAAUGUGGAGACUUUCAUUAAAUCUGCAGAUGUGCCAUUUCCUUUCUCAUUCCUGUUCAAAGAUGCCAAUUCUUGCUAGGGUACUUCCUAUGUGUACUUGCAGCUUUUUGACACUAUACACAUUUUUUUAGACUUAUUAUUACUGUGGAAGUCUAAACAGUGAGUGUCAAGCUGUUUAGCAGUAAAGCACAUCACGGUCAAACCUCAUCCUAUUUUCACCUGAUAGUACGACACUUGUACUUUGAGGGAAUCCAGAACGCUUGGUUUGUUUUUCCCUCAUUUCCCAAGAUAAGACCAAUUGUAGUGUUCUAUCAGUGCCUCAGCUAUCACUGUUAGUGAAAUUUCAGUUCUCUUUGAGAUGUCUCAGAAGGGAUAAUUUCAGGAUUCAGGAAAGAGGAAAUUCAGAAGCAGUCUGAGAACAUAAUAGUGAUUUGAGUAAAAAUAAGAGUGGGUCAAGGUGAUACAGAUAACAAAAAUAAUAGGGUAUUAGUGGCUAAGGUGAUAGAGAAAAACAUUAAAGCAAAAGGCACUCUAAAUCUGCAAAAUGUUAAUAAAGGGAUAUAACAUUUGAAGUAAAUUAAUAAGCACUGGCAGAUGGAAUGUUAUGUCUGGAAAUGUUGUUAUCCACUUCUGGAUAACAAACAGAAAUGUUAUAUUUGUAUUGAAGUUUAGAGACGAGGGAGUAUUGGUAUUUGGAAGGACUUGACUAUCCCUUGUUUACAAAUAACAGAAUUUUAGCAAACAAUGAAAACAAAAUACAUUAGCUUUUAUAACAAAGGGACUGAGUAUAAAAAAAAUUAAACCUUGUUGCAAUUAAUACCUUGCCAAGACCAAAUUAGAAUGCCAUUUACAUGUAUCCUUGCAUUAGGAAGGAAAGGAACACUUAGGAGGGAAUGCAGUGAAAGAUAACUGAAUUGGUUGCAGGAAGAAGGGAUUGUCCAAAGAUGAGAGAUUGUUUAGAUUAGAUCUACAUUCCUUAGAUGCAACAGAAUGACAGCUGAUCACAUUGAAAAGUAAAAUCUUACAUGUCUUUACAGGAUAAAUACUGGGAAGAUGUUUCCCUGGUUGAGAAGUUUACAACUCUUAGGAUAAAAGCCCAACUCUAGAGGACUCAUAUGAGGAGAAAUUUCCACACUUAAGUGAAUUCCAAAUGUACAUGACUCUAAGAUGAUACUGGCUACACUAUUGUUCUAUAUAUUUAAGACAGAUCAAUACAUUUUUUGUAUGGAAGAGGGCAUGAAUGUGAAAUUGAGGUAAAACAUCAGCCAUAAUUUUAUUGAAUGAUAUAGGUUCCAGAAGACCUAUUCCUGCUCUUAUUUCUUGUAUUUUUUUCACAUUCACUUAGAAAGUUGGAUUGAGGUAUGAAUGGAACUGCUUCGAUAUCAGUGUGUUAUUUUUAUUCCAGCAAGGAUUUCUUUCUGUGCUUUUAUUUAUGAAGCCCUUGAAAAGGAGAGCUCUUGAUAUUUUUGUUAGCUUUAGUAGAUGUAUCAUUUUAAUAUCAAUUGCUUGACUUUUAUCUAAUAAUGACUUUCAAAUAAACAUUAACUCCCUUUUAAAUGCCUCAAAUAAAUUUACUACAGUGGUUUUCUGGAAUAGUGUUAUCCACAUUUUCACAAUUCACUGUGAAUUUUUUUCUCAGAUUUACUUUUAACUGAAUUAAUUGAAAUUCCAGGAUUAUCUUAUCCUGACUCUUCAACUGCAGGGAAGAGUUGUUCUUGCUUUGUUGUGCCAAGGUUUUCAUUAUUUUCCACAUUUUAAUCUGAUCUCUUAAACUGUUUUAUUUCCACAGAAUAUAAUCCAAU